AAUUACUACACGCUUUCAUAUCUACGGGGAAAUUGCCUAGAAACCUCUGUUUACUUUCCUUGCAAAUUUGAUCUAUUCUUCUUAUUCUUCAUGCUCCUAUAUUUAAAAGACUGUUUGUAGUUUCUUUAUGAUAUCUGACAUCUGUUUUCCGAUUUUGAACACUAGUGUCAGUUAUCUUUUUUUCUCAUCAUGUUGUCAUUGCCUUCAACUUCAUCCUCCAUUUCUAGAAGGAAAUAUGAUGUUUUCUUAAGUUUUAGAGGUGAAGAUACUCGCAAAAACUUCACUGAUCAUCUUUAUGAUGCUCUGAAAAGGAGCAGAAUAAUCACCUUCAGGGAUGAUCCAAAGCUGGAGGCCGGCGAAGAGAUCGCGCCAGAACUGUUUAAAGCCAUUCAGCAAUCAUGGUGCUCCGUAAUCGUAUUUUCAGAAUCUUAUGCUUCUUCGGGUUGGUGUUUGGACGAACUUAGUGCGAUUGUUAAGCAGAAAAAGGACAAGGGUUAUAAAGUGUUUCCAGUUUUCUAUGACGUGGAUCCAUCUGAUUUGAGAAAACAGAAAGGAAAAGUUGAAGAAGCCUUUGUGGAACAUGAAAAGAGAUAUGAUGAAGAUAAGGUCCAAAGGUGGCGAAAUGCUUUGACUCAAGUCGCAAACAUUAAGGGAUGGCAUUUAAAUCACAGGCAUGAAACCGAAUUUAUCAGAGACAUCGUUAGAAAGAUAUCAGCAAAAUUAUGUGAAACAUAUCCAAUUGUCCAUGAUGAGUUGGUUGGAAUUAGUUCACGCUUAGAGGAGUUGUAUGCAAAAAUAGAUAUUGGUGAAGAUGAAGUCCGAAUUAUUGGAAUUUGUGAAAUGGGUGGCAUCUGUAAAACAACUCUUGCAAGAGUUGUUUCCACUCAAAUGUCACCUCAUUUCGAAGGUAAAAGCUUUCUUGCUAAUGUUAGAGAAGUUUCAAAUACACGUGGACUUGUUUCGUUACAGAAACAACUUCUUUCUCAAAUCUUGCCUGAGGAAUGCUUUAAUUUCUUCAAUGUUCAUGAAGGGAAUGCCAUAAUUAACCACAGGUUAUCUAACAAAAAGGUUCUUGUUGUUCUUGAUGAUAUUGAUAACCUACAACACUUAAAAUGCUUAGUUGGGAGGCGUGACUGGUUCGGUUUAGGGAGCAGAAUCAUUGUAACAACAAGAGAUGAACAUUUACUCCGAUCUUAUGGAGUUGAUGACGUGUAUAAGCCUACAACAUUGAAUGCAUAUGAAGCACUCCGACUUUUCAAUUUGAAAGCUUUUAAUGGUGAGACAAGGCUAGAAAAUGAUUUUAGUGAUCUUUCUAAAUGUGUUUUAAAAUAUGUUGGAGGCCUUCCCUUAGCUCUUGAAGUUUUGGGUUCCUUUUUGUGUGGCCGAGAUGCAGCUCAAUGGAGAAGUGCAAUAGAAAGACUUGAAAGAGAUUCUAAUAAAGAAAUUCUUGACAGACUUCAAAUAAGCUUUGAUGGAUUGGACCAAACUGAGCAGAAUAUAUUUUUAGAUAUAGCAUGCUUCUUUAACGGGAAGGAGAAAGAUUUUGUAAUGAAAGUAUUAGAUGGCUGUGAGUUUUUUCCCGAUAUUGGAGUUGAUAUUCUCAUUAAAAAAUCUCUACUAACAGUUAAUGAAGACAACAAAUUGUGGAUGCAUGACUUACUACAAGAAAUGGGAAGAAAAAUUGUUAGGGAAAAAUCUAUUGCUGAACCUGGAAAACGUUGUAGAUUGUGGGCAGAAAAAGAUGUUUAUCAUAUGCUAACAAAAAACACAGUAAGUCAUUCCAUAAAAUUAUAUAUUCUAGUAUUAAAAGGUCUAUUAUAUUUAUAAAGUGUUUAAGUGUUUAUUUUAAAUAUCGACAAAGUAAAAUGAGUACAUUUGUCCUCUAUAUUUCUAGGAAGUGUUAUUUUAUUUUUUUAUUAUAAAUAUUAAAAAGACAUGCACGAGAUGUAUAAAAUAGAAUGUUAUUUCAUUGAAUAACUUUAGUUGAAAA